AUGACCACUGCACAAAUAGUCCUGCCCAAUUUCUACAAAUUCGUUCUCUGUACGGAAGCAGGACUGAUAACCAACACAGAGCGCCUUCUUGCGCCAAGUUCGUUCGGCUCGUAUCUCUCGUUCGAAAUACUGAAUACAAAAGACGGGAAAUUCAAAAUGCGCACAAGAGAAGUUGAUGGAGGAGCCUUCGUCGGAUAUUCAGAUAGCGAGAGAAUGUACCUUCAUAAGAAACACGCUCAAGCAGACGAAUUUGAAAUCCAUCUCAAUACCAUUGACAGUACGUUUCAUCUCCUAUCAAGCACCAACGGCAGAGUCAAAUGCACUGGCAACGCCGUUUAUCCUUCGCUCACCCCACCACUCAAGAUAUAA